AUGGCCGAGCUCGACCUUGAAGAUUUUCUUACCGACCCGGACUGUUCGGAGUCGGAACAGGAUGCCCUGUCGCUCCCACGACCAGCCUCUCCCACGCGGCAGGGAGACCAGCAAUCAGAUACAAAGAAACGCAUUAUCCGCCGCCGCCGCCGAGCACACCGAGCCUGUCUGGAAUGUCGAAAGCGGAAGAUACGGGAUAAAGACCCUCAGGUGCCUAUACUCCUGAGUACAAAAUCCACAAUCGCACCGAAUACGGCCACCGUGACACCUCCCUCUGAUGAAUACCCCUUGGACCUUAACUCUCGAAGAGAGUGUCCUUCUCCUACCCCAGGUUUCACAUUCCGAGAACCAUCAUCCUCUACAGUGUCCGAUGCCGAUAUUCUCUUCUCGUAUCAUGACUUUCUGGCGACUGGGUCGUUGUCCCACAUACCUACGGCGGACUUCAAGUUCCUCGAGACCAAGGGCUGCUUCCACUUGCCCGCCAGGCCUGUGCUCGAUGAGUUUGUUGUUGAGUACUUCCGCCAUGUUCAUCCAAUGCUACCGAUACUAGACGAAGGUGCUUUUUGGAAUAUGUAUCUUGGCGACGGGCAACUUGAUCAGCAAGCCAAAAAGAUAUCACUCUUUACCUUCCGGGCUAUGCUAUUUGUCGCCUCUAGCUUUGUAUCGAGGGACACCACCAAGCUUCUGGGAUUCAAAGAUGCUUUGGAGGCGAGAUCUUCGUUGUAUCGCCGAGCGAAGCUACUCUACGAUUUUGAUGUCAUAUCAGAUCCCAUCGCAAAAGCGCAAGGAGCUCUACUAUUGACUUAUUAUUGCUCAGGCAGAGAACCGGUAUUUAUUGUGCCCCCGAAAAACCUAUCUGUCCUGCUCACUAUUGCAAAGCUUGUGAACACUUUCUGGCUUCGCAUCGCUAUACAAUAUGCACAAGCAGAGCGGGCGCAUCUGUACUCUCAAUCAUGCUCUUUGCCACUUGAAGUCCGUCAGGAGCGGAAAAGGCUGUGGUGGUGCUGCAUUAUACGAGACCGGAUUUUACCUCUCGGAGUGAGGAGAUCGAUUCAAAUCAGUCGUUACAAUUUCGAUUUCGACCAAGAACCUUUCACCGAAGCAGACCUUCAGGGCGAAUUUGAGACCUCGCGAGUCUAUGGGAGCGACACCAAGCGCAACCUAGCUCGUGUCAUGGAAGCUCAAGUUAAUCUUGCUAUUCUUCUGACUGACAUCUUAGCGCUGGUUUACCCGAUAAAUUCUCUGGACCAUAACUCAUUAAUGGCUAUGCCAGCAGUGACGAAACGUCUGAGAGAUGAAUUGAUUGUCUGGGAAACGAAGUCUGAGGCUUUGGUCCUAGCAUCAGAUUCAAGUCCAGCACCACAUCCAUCAGUGCGCCUGUUCUGGGGCUUGACGCAGAUUUAUUACUGGUCCGCUCGUGCAGCCCUCUGUCAAUACGAGUGUCUCGCCCUCCAGGCCAAUUGUCCAGAACCAAAUGCCCUAAGCACUCGAGAGCUUGGUAACGAAAUACACCUCUCCGUCGCCCAAAUAUCACGUAUUGUUGGUUCGUUUGUUCAUCAAAACGUUGCCCAGUAUCUUCCUGUCAGCGCUGUCGCGUAUCUAGCACUUCCCAUUAUUCUGAACACGAUCGAUAUACGCUCUACGAGGAUGAAGAAUACCACCAAAGAUACUCAGUUGCGAUUAAGCAAUCAUGCUAUGCAGCUCUGUCGUGAGAAAUACGCCGGCGCGCAUACGGCCCUCAACACUAUCAACAAGGCAAUUGCUUCUGUGGAUAUUCCACCAAGUGUCGCCUCGGCAACGACUCUUUCGUCAUUAGAGAAAUGCCCAUUCGAAUCUACAGAGAUGUCGGAGCAGAUGCCUACUACUCAACUCCUCUCAACAACAACGGAGAUAAAAGACUGGCUCACUAUCUUGGUCAAUCAACCUCGGGCCUACCUUCGUCUAGCUUUCACGGUGGAUAUAAGCCUCUCUCGUGGACGGUACGUAGGUAGCGAGGAACUGCCACGAGUGCUGUUAUUAGAGGACGGUUAUUAUGGAGGCGUGAUGAAUGUCCCGAGGCCAUUAGAACCGCCCAAUCACCGUGGCCAAACAGAUACGAAUAGUGUUAGACUUGUGGACGAGGAGGAGCCAAGGCUCCGGCUUGACCUUGAUUUCUUUGACUUUGGAGGGGACAUGGAUCCAGUACAGACGAGCAGUAUGUAUCGGAGCGAUUAUAGACCACCGAACGAGCGUUCCUGGACUGGAGCAAUGGUAGAAGAACUCCUGGAGGAGGUUGGUAGGGUAUAG